AUGUGUGUUCUCAUCGAAAUGAUCAUCGGCUUCUUCAAGAAGAAGGAGGAGGAGGAGGACACUAAUGGUGGUGGUUGGGUCUUGGCAAUGAAGAGGAGAAAUGGGGGAAUAAUGAAUGAAGGAUGGUGGACAUGUGGUGUGGUCUGGAAGAUGUUGAUUCAGGGUUAUAAUGAGAGGGGCGGUAUGGGAGGAUUGUUUUGUAUAAGUUUGAUCAUGUUGGAGUCGGGUAGGAAUGACACUGGGGGUAAGAUGUGCGGUCUUGUCAAUCGAAAUGAUCAUAGACUUCUUCAAGAAGAAGAAGAAGAAGAAGAAUGCUGA